CCUACUGCUAGUUCUGUAAUGAUGUAUCAGAAUACUUUAAUACCUUCUGUCGCUGCAUAAUGCUGCAUUGAAAAAACUUCGAACUUCGAAGCAUUGCAGUACUUAUUUUCAAUUUUGCGAACGCUUGCACAACUGCUACCUACCUAGGUGUUCGCGUUUGACUCUGAUAUUUGCUCAAAAAUCGAUUCUUUAUGCUCUGGUUAAGAUUGAUUACGAAGUAUGGUUUGUUUUGGUACACUUGCUCCACAUGUAUUUACUAAUAUGCAUCUUUCUUGCGCUGCAGUAUUAGUGUAGUUCCAGUAACACAGUUUUGUGCCUUCUGCACCGUGAGGUGCUUGUACCAUUGCGAGUGUGGAGUUUGGAGCAGAAGAAGUGUUAUCUGCUAAGUAAUUGUUUUAGACUCGAUUCGCUUUAGAGUUAGACAGCAGCAGAUUAUCGCUUACUUUUUGUCGAAUUCUUUACUAAUUUGCUCCUUACGUGAUACGGAAUUCUCCUCGAGCAUGGCUAACGAUGACGAUUUCGACGGACGGGACAAAGCAGGAACCAGGGUUUUCAAAAAAAGUAGCCCAAAUGGAAAGAUUACGGUGUAUCUGGGAAAACGGGAUUUCGUGGAUCAUCUGUCGCAUGCGGAUCCAGUCGAUGGUGUUAUUCUCGUCGAUCCUGAAUACAUUCAAAAUCAGAAAGUGUUUGCCCACGUAUUGGCGGCAUUUCGUUACGGCCGAGAAGACCUGGACGUGCUAGGACUAACCUUUCGCAAAGAUCUCUACUUGGCAUCCGCUCAAAUAUUCCCUCCGGAUCCGUCAGAAAAGCGGCCCUUGUCGAGACUUCAAGAACGCUUAAUAAAAAAGUUAGGCGAAAAUGCCUAUCCUUUUCAUUUUGAACUUCCGUCGCAAUCGCCGGCAAGUGUGACAUUACAACCGGCUCCGGGAGAUACCGGAAAGCCUUGUGGAAUCGACUAUGAACUUAAAGCAUACAUUGCGCCUUCGUUGGAUGAUAAGCCGCACAAACGGGAUACCGUCCGACUGGCUAUCCGGAAGUUAUAUUAUGCACCGGAAGUUAGCCGUGAACAGCCUACCAUUGAGAUCAGCAAGGAUUUUGUUAUGAGUCCCGCAAAGCUGCAUCUGGAAGUUACACUAGACAAAGAGAUGUAUUAUCAUGGAGAAUCGAUCGCUGUGAAUGUGCAAAUUACCAAUAACAGUAGCAAAUCUGUCAAACGAAUUAAAGUCGGGGUCAUUCAAGUUGCCGACAUCUGCCUCUUCUCAACGGCCAAGUACAAAUGCACAGUGGCGGAAAUCGAAAGCGAGGAAGGAUUCCCGGUUGGACCUGGCUUCACGUUAUCCAAAGUGUAUUAUCUGACACCGCUGCUGGCUAAUAAUAAGGAUAAACGGGGCCUGGCUCUGGACGGCAAGUUAAAGCAUGAAGAUACGAAUCUCGCGUCUUCCACAGUUUUGGGCGAUACAAUCCAGAAGGAGAAUCUGGGAAUUAUCGUGCAGUAUCGUGUCAAGGUUAAACUGAUAUUGGGCGGAUUCAGUGGGGAUUUGGUAGCCGAGUUGCCAUUCACGCUUACGCAUCCCAAGCCCAAGGAUUCCCCGCCGCCAUCCCGACCCCUGACGGCCAAGGUGUCGGACAGCGCGCAGGAUAUCAUUGUGGAUGCUAAUUUAAUCCAGCUUGAUACCAAUGAGGACAAAAGAGUGUACGCGGAUCAGGAUGAUGAUAUCAUAUUUGAAGAUUUUGCUCGCCUCCGCUUAAAAGGCAUUGAAGGGGAGGAUGCUGAUGCUUGAACAGAAGUGAACGGAUUGUUGUGUUUUGAUGAUUUUAUCUUAAUGACGAAAGAAGUGAUCCGCCAAUAUUGGGAAGUUCAACCAAUCAAACCAUGUCCGCUUUUAAUGCCUAAUAAGCUUCGCAGAUGCCUGUCCGAUUUUCACAACGCUCAGAUUACGAAUGUGCGAGCGACGCAUAAGCCGAGCAGCGCACCAACGUCAUUUCGGCGCUCCCGUGAUUGUUGUGGAUAAAUGUAGAAUCUCUACGUUCAUAAUGUGCACGUGCAUAGUGGUCCACAGUGUUAGCAAUGGUCGGCUGUCCUUUUGUACAAAUUUGACAUAGAAAUUCCUGUCAUGUAGGGAUAGGCUAUAAGAACGCUUAUGUUUUAUCUUUUAUUUUCGUUUUAACUGUGAAUGUCCGAUAGCUGACAAAGUGAUUUGAUGGCUCACUUGGUCGCACUUAACGAGAUUUUUUAUUUUAUCUUUUAACUUGUGGUGUUUUGCAUUCACUGGGUGUAUUGUUUUACUGUAUUAUUCAUGUUGGCCUUAUCAUUACUCAGUGUUUAAUAUUAUUUGUAUAAAUAAACUUCAAACCGGUGA